AAAGAUGUAAAUUUCAAUGCAAAGAAUGUAACACCCCUAUGUGUUCUUUGUGUACUAUAUCUGAUGCACAUAAGGGGCAUAACAUUGCAACUCUUUUGGAUAUCUUUAACUCAAAGAGAGAAGUCAUAGGGAAAGAUACUGAAGAGUUAAAAAACAUAAUAUUUCCAACCUAUGAAGAAAUUGCCACUGAUAUAAAAACCCAGAUUGUUAAUCGGGAUGGAGAAUAUGGAAAACUUUCAACAGCAGUAACAGAACAUGGAGAAGAAUGGCACAAGGAAAUUGACAACAUUGUAAAGAAAAUAAAAACAGAAAUUGAUGAGAUAAAAAUCAAACAUUUGAGAAUUCUGAGGAGACUUUUAGAUGAAAUUAAAGAGUUAGAAUAUGAAAUUGAGAAUAAUUUGCUUCAGUUAAAUAGAAUAUCUGGAUCAAUUGAAGUGUUUAUGACUAUUGAAUACAUUUCUACAAUCAAAGAAUUACGCAAACUUCCUCCUAAAGUGGAGAUAUCACUGCCUGUGUUUAGUCCAAAGUCAAAAGAUACAGAACAUCUUCAUAAAUUAUUUGGAUCUUUAACACACUUAUCCACCAAAACAGAAGAAAAUGGUUACAUACUGAAGAAACAAGAAACACCAACAAGAGAACAGCUGAAAGAACCAGAACUAAUCACUACUAUCGAUACUGGAUAUGAUAACCUCCGCAGUGUUGUCUGUCUAAAUGAAGAAGAAAUAUGGACAAGAGCAAGUGAUGUUAGUGAUAUAAAAUGCUUCAACAUUCAAGGCUCACUUAUCCAGACAAUCAAAACAAAAUCAGGGGAGUUUCCAAAUGAUAUAGCAGUAACUGGUGAUGGGGAUCUAGUGUACAGUGACUGGAAGACGAAUACCAUUUAUACAGUGAAGAAUGAACAGACAGAGUAGGUGAUCAGACUACAGGGCUGGAUACCUGGUAAUCUCUGUGUCACCUUCUUUAGUGAUCUCCUGGUUUCUAUGUACAGUGAAGAUAAAAAACAAUCCAAAGUUGUCCGUUACUUAGACUUCACAGAAAAACAAACAAUUCAAUAUGAUGAGGAGGGUAAACCUCUGUAUUCAGGAAAUAACAAAAUUAAAUACAUCAGUGAGAACAGAAACCUGGAUAUCUGUAUGGCCGACUGUGGAGCUGGUGCUCUAGUGGUGGUCAGUCAGACUGGUAAACUCCGAUUUAGAUACACUGGUCAUCCUUCUACUACAAAGAACAAACCAUUUAAACUCCGAGGCAUCACAACAGACAGCCAGAGUCAGAUCCUUGCAGCUGACGGUGAUAACCACUGUAUCCACAUCUUAGGCCAGGACGGACAGUUUCUCCAUUAUAUAGAUAACUGUAAUUUGAAGGAGCCCUUUGGUUUAUGUGUAGACAGAAAUGACAACUUAUUUGUAGCCGAGUACAAUCUGGACAUGGAUCCCCGCCACAGUGCCCAAGAUGUCGCCCGAUGUGACCUUUGUGAGGACACUAUAUUAGCUAAUAUUGAUGGAGAAUAUGGAAAACUUACAGAAGCAGUUACAGAACAUGGAAAAGAAUGGCACAAAGAAAUUGAUAACAUUGUGAAAAAAAUGAAAACAGAAAUUGAAGAGAUAAAAAAUAAACAUAUGAGCAUUCUGAAGAAACAUUUAGAUGAAAUUAAACAGAUACAGACUCUUAUUAAACGAACACUGCUAAAACUAAUCAGAAUUGAUGAAUCUAAUGAAGUGUCUAUGACUAUGGAAUACAGUUCCAAUAUCAGAGAAUUGAGCACACUUCCUUCCAAAAUUAAGGUAUCACUACCAACAUUCAGUCCAAAGUCAAAAGAUUCAGAACAUCUUUAUAAAUUAUUUGGAUUUUUAACACCAUUAUGCACCACAACAGAAAAAAAUGGUUAUACAUUGAAAAACUCAGAGCAAUCAACUAGAGAACUGCUGGAAGAAUCAGAACUUAUCACCACGAUAAAUACUGGGUUUGAUAACCUCCGUAGUGUCGCCAAUCUCAGUGAAGUAGAAAUCUGGACUAGUGGAAUGGACAGUGAUAUAAAAUGCUUUAUCAAUCAAGGCUCACUUUUUAUGACAAUCAAAACAAAAUCAGGGGAAUGGCCAGGUGAUAUAGCAGUGACAGGUGAGGAGGAUUUAGUGUACUCUGACUGGAAGACAAAGAGUGUGAAUAAAGUGAAAAAUGGACAGACGGAGGAGGUGAUCAGACUACAGGGCUGGGUACCUCUCAAUCUCUGUGACACCUCCUCUAGUGAUAUCCUGGUUACUAUGUACAGUGAUGAUAAAACACAAUCUAAAGUUGUCCGUUACUCAGGCUCCACAGAGAAACAAACAAUCCAGUUUGAUGAGGAGGGUAAACCUCUGUAUUCAGAAAAUAGCAAAAUAAAGUAUAUCAGUGAGAACAGAAACCAGGAUAUCUGUGUUGCUGACGUAGGUGCUUGUGCUGUGGUAGUGGUCAAUCAAGCAGGAAAACUCAGAUUUAGAUACACUGGUCAUCGUUCUACUACAAAGAUUAAUCUGUUUAAGCCCCGCGGUAUAACAACAGACAGUCAGAGUCAGAUCCUGGUAGCAGACUAUCAUAACCACAAUAUCCACAUCCUAAACCAGGACGGACAGUUUCUUCGUUGUAUAGAUAACUGUGAUCUGAAGGAGCCAUUGGGAUUAUGUGUGGACAAAAAAGACAACUUGUUUGUAGCUGAGUGGUGUGGAAAGCUUAAGAAAAUUAAAUAUCUUAAAUAG